AUGUUCUCAAACUCCUACUUUCUCAUCAUUCUUGUUCUUCUUCACCACCUCCUACUCUUUCUUUUCUAUUGUUUAUUUCUCCUUCUCUUCUCUUUUCCAUUAUUCCCUUUCUUCAUCUCCUUUCUAUUCCUCUUCUUUCCUUUCAUAUUCCUCCCUCUCUCAUCUUUCCUAAUUUUCCUUCCAAUUUUUUCAUAUCCUACCUCUCUCCUUUCAUACAUUACAUCUCUAUUCUUUUCUCUUCUUUUUCCUCGUCCUACUCUUUUCCAUAUCUUCUCUCUCUCCUUCUUCUCCUCCUCUCUUCUUCUUUCUUUUUCCCACUAUCUCUUCUUUUAUAUCAUCUCUCUCUCCUUCUUCUCCUCCUCUCUUCUUUCUUUUUUCUCACUCUCUCUUCUUUUAUAUCUUCUCUCUCUUCUUCCAUAUUCUCCCUUUCUAUUCUUUCAUAUGCUCCCUCUCUCUUAUUUCUUUCCAUCUUCUCUCUUCUUUCAUACCCUCCCUAAUUCUUCCUUCUCUAUUCUUUCAUAUCCUCCUUCUUUCAUUUUUCAUACCCUCCUUCUCUCUUCUUUCAUACCCACCCUUAUUCUUCCUUUUCUAUUCUUUCAUACCAUCCUCUCUCUUCUUUCAUACCCUCCCUCUCUCUUCUUUUAUACCCUCACUUAUUCUUUCUUUCAUACCUUCCUCUCUCUUCUUUCAUACCCUCCCUUAUUCUUCCUUUUCUAUUCUUUCAUACCUUCCUCUCUCUUCUUUCAUACCCACCCUUAUUCUUCCUUUUCUAUUCUUUCAUACCUUCCUCUCUCUUCUUUCAUACCCUCCCUUAUUCUUCCUUUUCUAUUCUUUUCCUUUUCUCUUCUUUCAUACCCUCCCUUAUUCUUUUUUUCUAUUCUUUCAUUCCUUCUCUCUUCUUUCAUACCCUCCUUAUUCUUCCUUUUCUAUUCUUUUCAUACCUUCCUCUCUCUUCUUUCAUACCCUCCUUCUCUCUUCUUUCAUACCCUUCCUUAUUCUUCCUUCUCUAUUCUUUCAUACCUUCCUCUCUCUUCUUUCAUACCCUCCCUUAUUCUUACUUUUCUAUUCUUUCAUACCUUCCUCUCUCUUCUUUCAUACCCUCCCUUAUUCUUCCUCUUCUAUUCUUUCAUACCUUCCUCUCUCUACUUUCAUACCCUCCCUCUCUCUUCUUUCAUACCCUCCCUUAUUCUUCCUUUUCUAUUCUUUCAUACCUUCCUCUCUCUACUUUCAUACCCUCCCUCUCUCUUCUUUCAUACCCUCCCUUAUUCUUCCUUUUCUAUUCUUUCAUACCUUCCUCUCUCUUCUUUCAUAUACUUCCCCUCUUCUUUCUGUUCUUCUACACAUUCCAUAUUUUCUCAUGCAAUUCUUUCUCUCACAUUCUCCUCUUUAUAA